AUGACCAUAGUCUCAAAUAAUCCUACUUGGUGGCCGAUCAUCAACGAAAAUCAGCUUUUAAGCUAUUUUUUAGUUGCUGCCGUUGUUGGAGUGACGUAUGAUUGGGCACUUACAUUCGGGCAAGAGGUCGAAUUAGUCUGGAGGCAACGUUGGUCCCUAAUGACGGUUCUGUAUCUCGGUGUGCGCUACCUUGGAAUCUUACAUGCUGUCAUGAACAUGCUGACCAGUCUUACGACUGUCUCGUUGACAGAUACAGAGUGGGUACGGUUCUUUACUAACUUCUUGGUUCACUAUAAUUCCACAGAUGUAAGCUGGAUUGUGUACGUCGUAUGGAAUUGGACGGGUGUUGUGGCAUUUACAAUGCUAUGGGUCAUCAUCAUCACUCGGUUACAUGCCAUGUAUCAACGAUCUAGAAAGAUCCUGAUAUUUCUCAUUGUCACCCUCCUGGCUGUCAACAUUUUCGACGGAGUGGUAUCCGUCAUGUCAACAAUGCAUACUUCAGGAGAGGAACUCGUUCUCUCUGGCACCUAUCAGUGCUCAUUUGGCUAUGUGAACGAAACCCCACUCCUGUCUUCCAUUACUUGGAUACUCGGCACCGUGUGGGAGGUCCUCAUAUUAUGUCUCGCAGUCUGGAUCGCGGUAAAACACUUCCGUGAACUGCGACAACAUUCAGCAGGAGGGAUUAUCGGAGACUGUUUUGCGGUAUUGAUGAAAACUCACAUGAUAUACUUUGCGAGCUUUUUCGCUGUUUCUUGCUUUGAGCUCAUUCUUGAUUUCUCUCCAACACUCUCGAUGGAAUAUUCUCUAAACACUUUGGUUUAUGCUGGGUUUCUUCAGAUUUUGCAGGUCGUGCAGUUCGUGCUGGGACCACGCUUGAUCCUUGGUGUUCGAGAAUACCACGCCAAACUCGUGACCGAUUCAGACGCAGCCACUGGUAUGACCUCGAUCGCUUUCCAGGAGCGCGUGCAUGUAUCGACUGGCAGUAGUGUGUGACGCUCGAUGAGUUUAAUGGUUGUCUGGUGCUCUACAAGGAGCAGGGAAAUUUACUUUUAUUUAUUCUCACUUUCCUGACAGUAUUGAUCUAAGUUAUUUAGUGUGCCGAAGGAUAUUUUCAAGGAGACGUAGAAAAUUUUCGUCGUGGUAUUUACUGAAUUGAUUUGCCAUGCGUUUGAUAAUGUUUUAAUCGAUAUCCUGGAUGUAUCUACUGCCACUAGCUGCCCACCCACACUUGCACCGACCACCAGUCCUUUUCUCUAUGUGAUAACAAUCAUUCCUACGAUUGCUUUUGCAAUUGGGUGUGCGAGAGCCUCGAGCGACAGCACUGCUUCGGUUCCUCAGCAAUUCGUCUUCUCGCCUCACUCAACAUCCCACACUCAUCUUCUC